AAAAUUCUCCAACGACCUAGCGUUCAUGUCACUUUUACUUGAGUGUAAAAUGGCAGUUGUCUAGUGUCUCAGUUCCCGUUCGUUUAUACAUGUAUCAAUAUACAUAUAUAUGUAAAAAAAAAUAAAUAGCCGCUGGUUAAAAAGUAUAUUUACAAUAUAUACAGACAUUAUUUAAUAAUUAUUUAUUAUUUUGUUAAAUUACUACCAUACUGUAGUAAUUAAGCGAUGUUUUAUUUACAUUAAUAUUUAUUUUAUAAAUACAUGGGAGUGAUGGACUGUCUUAGUGUUGUAUUUAAUUAAAAUUCAAUAAUGGCACCUCGUCGCGCAGAAGAGUGUCCUUUGAAACGAGUUGCUGCUCCAGGAUGUCGUUUACCAGCACGAUUACCUCCCGGUGAAAUUUUGACUGAUAUUACACAAAAAAAAUGGAAAUUAGGCCCACGAUUAGGCUGUGGUGGUUUCGGUGAUAUUUAUCUCGCAUCGGAUGAUGUUAAUAAGACUGUUGGACAAGAUGCCAAAUAUGUCAUUAAAAUUGAACCUCAUCACAAUGGCCCCCUUUUUGUAGAAAUGAAUUUUUAUAUUAGAGUCGCUCGUCAAUAUAUGAUUGACGACUACUGUCAAUCACAAAAAAUAAGUCGAAUAGGAAUACCAGCAUACGAAGGAUCAGGAUCUCAUGUGUGGAAGGGCGAGCGAUUUAGGUUUCUUGUAAUGCCACGUUAUGGAAUUGAUAUAGGAAAAUUAUUUUUAUCUAAUGGACGUAAAUUACCCACAAAACUUGUCAACAAUCUUGCCAUCCAGAUGCUAGACGCACUGGAGUAUAUCCACAGUCACGGUUAUGCUCAUGCAGACGUCAAGGGAUCAAAUAUCGUGUUAGAAUUGAACGGGCAAAAUAUAUCGGGUAAUCCUAGAGCGUACUUAGUUGAUUUCGGUUUAGCUUAUCGAUUUAAAACAGCAGCAGGCAUUCACAAGCCCUUUGUUCACGACGAAAGACGUGCACAUGAAGGGACUCUUGAAUUUACAUCUCGUGAUGCUCAUCAUGGUACACAUUCAAGGAGAGGAGAUAUGGAGACUUUAGGGUACAAUAUAUUGCAAUGGUUGUGCGGUAAAUUACCUUGGGAAAAAGAAGAAGGUGGUAUGAGAGCAUCCUGUAAUCCAGAAGAAGUUCAUGCACAAAAAGAAACACUUUUAUCAGAUAUUCCACUUUUUAUGCAAAAAUGUUUUCCUGAGCAUAAGAAACCACCAGCUGCGAUAAUGGCAUAUAUGAAGUACAUUGCAUCAUUGGACUUCGAGGCAAAACCAAAUUAUUCAUAUUUACGUGGUUUAUUUAAUCGUGGUGGUAAAAUAGAACGCACAUUACAGUCGUCAGUACGCCGUAAAAGAGUUUCUGAUGAAAAUAAUUCAUGUGAAAGGCCCAUAAAAAUGCCAUACUUGAGAGAACGAAGACCUUGCAAGCCGGUUAAUGGCGAAGGAAGAAUAACAAGAAAUACUCAGGUCACUGUUGAUGUUGAAGAAUUUUGUUGGGAAGAAGUCUUAGCUCGUCAUCCUGAUAAACUUGCUAAAGUUAUUGUUCAGCCAACUAUUUCACCUUUGACACCACCACCAUCGCCACCACCUCAAUUAUUACCGUCACCACCGUCUUUACCAACUUACGCUAUGCUCCAUGUCCUCCAACGUAUUAAAGACCGACAAUCUGGAGUAUUGAAACAAAAACCUAAAUCUUAUGACCAUGAAUUAAAAGUUAAGUGGAUGACACCAGCGAUGGAAGAAGUCGCCAAGUUAAAAAGAAAUAAACAAUCCAAUAAUGCUAAAUUCACGACAAUGUCUCCGCGUUUGACUCGCUCGCGUGUGGCACAGCAGAAACGUAAGUGAUUAAAAUAUUAUUAAUCAUCUUCAUGUUACAACUAAUGAGGCAAAUAAUAUAUUGGAAUCUACUUAAAUUAUCGUUAAUGUAAACUUAAGAAAUCAUCAGAAAAAAUAAUAAAAUAAAAAAACAAUGAUCGCAAUACUCAAAAAAAAUAAAUUUAAAUAAAACGUAGACAUCGAUCGGUUUGAUUAUGAAAUUCGUUUUAAUAAUUGAGUUUUGUAAAUUUAAUUUAUAAUUAAGUUUUCAAAUAAAAUUUAUUUUUUAGUAUUGCUAGUAUUACUGUAUAGUUAAAUUACUUAAUUAAUUAAUUAAACGAUAAAUUAAUUAAUUUGUUAAGUGAAAAAUAAUUAUAAAAGGUUGUCGUUCUGUAAAAGUUUAAAAAAAAAAUGCUUCUCUCAAAAGUCACGCCUGGGACAAACGUCCCGCCAAUUUUUAUAAGACUGUAUUAUCUCCAUUUGUUUAUUAUAAUUACUAAUGUUAAUUUUAUUAUAAUUGUAAUUAAUACUUAUUAAUUAAUUCAUUAAAUCUUGUAUAUAUUAAAAAGAACAAAAGAAAAUUAUUAUAAAUUUGCCAAAUGUAAACGAAAUGGGAAAUAAUAUUGAACAAAAUAAUCUGAUAAUUAAAUUCUUCCAUGUGAAAGUAAACUACACUAAUCGUGAAAUAUUUAAUUUAAUUAUUAAUUAACAUCUU